AUGGCGUAAACAUGUUGGUGUGAUGGUGGAGAGAAUUAAUUUGCGAUAAAUUAGUUGAUUUUAAGUUAUUACUAAGGGUAAUAUAAAAAAACAAUAAUGGACGAAGUUGCUAAAUUAGAACACUUGUCCUUAGUCUCAAAAAUAUGUACAGAAUUGGACAAUCAUUUAGGGUUGAAUGACAAGGAUUUGGCCGAGUUUAUAAUUGACUUAGCAGACAAGAACCCUACUUUCGACGCAUUCAAGAAGGCUCUCACAGAAAAUGGGGCUGAAUUUUCAGAUUCAUUCAUGACGAAUUUGCUUCGGAUCAUCCAGCACAUGAAACCGCCAAACUCUAAGCCUGAAACUAAUGAAAAAGAAAGAUUGAAUAAGAAUCCUUUAGCCAACAAGUUUCCAGGCCUGGCUAUACCCAAUGAGAAACCUGUAUUCUCUUCAGAUGAAGAAAGUGACGAUGAGAAAGAUAAGAAGAAAAGGCUAACAACUAAAGAGAUAUUCAAGGAUGAGAAAAACAAAUCUUCAAAUGACAAUGUAGUGGAUCAAACUAUGGCAGAGUUGGAAGCAUUAGCUCCAUCUAAGUCUGGUAUUAAAAAGGCAGAGGAUAAGAAGGAUGAUCGCAAAAGAGUGCGCAGUAGCAGUAGAGAUCGUAAAGAUGGGAGAAGUAGGAAGAGAGAUGGUUCUAGAGACAGGAAAAGAAGUAGAAGCAGACAUAGGAGAAGUCGCAGUAGAGAUAAAAGAAGCAGAAGCAGGGACAGAAGGAGUAGAAGCCGGGACAGAAGACGUAGGUCUAGGAGCAGACAGCGACACAGAUCCAAGUCCAAGGAUAAGGACAGGCGCAGGAGGUCGCGGUCACGGGGCAGGCGCUCCAAAUCUCGGGAGCGCAGGUCUACUUCUCGUGACAGUGAUCAAAAGGAUAGAUAUGGUGACUUUGGCAAGAAGGUUAGAAGAAAGAGUCCUGAAGUUGAAAUGAGUGAUGAUCCAGAGCCAGGAAAGAUAUACAAUGGGCGAGUGGCGAAUAUAGUCCCUUUUGGGUGCUUCGUCCAAAUAGAAGGAGUGAAGAAGCGCUGGGAGGGGCUGGUGCACAUCUCACAGCUGCGUAACGAGGGCCGCGUCACCAACGUAACCGAUGUCGUCUCUCGCGGGGACAAAGUCAAGAUCAAAGUUCUGUCAGUCACUGGACAGAAGGUAUCUCUCACAAUGAAGGAUGUCUGCCAGGACACAGGCAAGGAUCUCAACCCCACAUCUCACGCGCAUCUAGAGGCGGAGCGCUCGGGCCGCAACCCGGACCGGCCGGCGCCCGCGGCCGCGGUGCUGGCGGGCCUGCAGGGCGCGCUGGACCCCGACGACCACUCCAGCCGCAAGCGCGUCACCAGGCUCUCCAGCCCCGAGCGCUGGGAGAUCAAACAGAUGAUCUCAUCAGGCGUAAUAGACAAGAGCGAACUGCCGGACUUCGAUGAAGAAACCGGUCUACUACCCAAAGAAGAAGACGGCGAAGCCGACAUAGAGAUAGAACUAGUAGAGGAUGAGCCGCCCUUCCUACAGGGCCACGGCAGAGCGCUCCACGACCUAUCCCCUGUCAGGAUAGUCAAAAACCCCGACGGUUCACUAGCACAAGCUGCCAUGAUGCAGUCCGCUUUAGCUAAGGAGAGAAGAGAGCAGAAGAUGAUACAGCGAGAGGCUGAGAUGGAAAGCUUGCCAACUGGUCUUAACAAAAACUGGAUAGAUCCUCUCCCGGAAUCUGAUGGUAGAGCUUUGGCAGCCAAUAUGAGGGGAACUGGUAUCACGCCGCAGGAUUUGCCCGAGUGGAAGAAGCAUGUGAUAGGAGGGAAGAAAUCCUCGUUUGGUAAAAAGACGAAUUUGUCGCUGCUGGAGCAGAGGCAGUCGCUCCCGAUUUACAAGCUUAGGGAUGAGUUGACUAAGGCCGUUUCCGACAACCAAAUCCUCAUAGUGAUCGGUGAGACCGGCUCAGGCAAGACGACCCAAAUAACCCAAUACCUCGCCGAGUGCGGCCUCACGGCGCGCGGCAAGAUCGCCUGCACGCAGCCCAGGAGAGUCGCCGCCAUGUCGGUCGCCAAACGUGUGGCCGAGGAGUUUGGGUGCCGCCUGGGACAGGAAGUGGGUUACACCAUUCGUUUUGAAGACUGCACCAGCCCUGAGACCGUUAUCAAGUACAUGACAGACGGCAUGUUGCUCCGCGAGUGCCUCAUGGACCUGGACCUGAAGUCCUACUCCGUCAUCAUGCUGGACGAGGCGCACGAGCGCACCAUCCACACCGACGUCCUGUUCGGGCUCCUCAAGCAAGCCGUGCAAAAACGACCAGAACUCAAACUCAUAGUCACCUCCGCCACUCUAGACGCUGUCAAAUUCUCGCAAUACUUCUUUGAGGCUCCAAUCUUCACUAUCCCUGGAAGAACUUUCCCUGUUGAAGUUUUAUACACUAAAGAACCAGAAACAGACUACUUGGAUGCUUCGUUAAUAACAGUCAUGCAGAUACAUUUGAGAGAACCGCCUGGAGAUAUACUCCUCUUUUUGACUGGUCAAGAGGAGAUUGACACGGCUUGUGAGAUACUAUAUGAGAGGAUGAAAUCCCUAGGCCCUGAUGUGCCUGAACUGAUCAUAUUGCCCGUCUACUCCGCGCUGCCUUCGGAAAUGCAGACCCGUAUCUUCGAGCCCGCACCACCUGGGUCCCGUAAAGUGGUGAUAGCUACCAACAUUGCGGAAACCUCUUUGACUAUAGACGGGAUAUACUAUGUGGUGGACCCUGGUUUUGUGAAGCAGAAGGUGUAUAAUUCUAAGACUGGAAUGGACUCGUUGGUCGUCACGCCGAUUUCGCAGGCGGCCGCGAAGCAGCGCGCCGGCCGCGCCGGCCGCACCGGCCCCGGCAAGUGCUACCGGCUCUACACCGAGCGCGCCUACCGCGACGAGAUGCUGCCCACGCCCGUGCCCGAGAUACAGCGGACCAACCUCGCCACCACAGUGCUGCAGCUCAAGACUAUGGGCAUCAAUGAUUUGCUGCACUUUGACUUUAUGGACGCGCCGCCGGUGGAGUCGCUGAUUAUGGCCCUGGAGCAACUACACUCGUUGUCCGCGUUGGAUCAGGAGGGGCUGCUGACGAGGCUUGGACGCAGGAUGGCCGAAUUUCCCCUAGAGCCCAACCUCUCCAAGAUCCUAAUCAUGUCCGUGGCCCUCCAGUGUUCCGACGAGAUCCUCACCAUAGUGUCGAUGCUCAGCGUGCAGAACGUGUUCUACCGGCCGAAGGACAAGCAGGCCCUCGCCGACCAGAAGAAGGCCAAGUUCAACCAGCCCGAGGGCGACCACCUCACGCUGCUGGCCGUGUUUAACAGUUGGAGGAAUAAUAAGUUCUCGAACGCGUGGUGUUAUGAAAACUUCGUGCAGAUUCGGACGCUGAAGCGGGCGCAGGAUGUGAGGAAACAGCUGCUUGGGAUUAUGGAUAGGCACAAAUUAGACGUUGUCUCCGCCGCGAAGAACACCGUCCGCAUUCAGAAGACGAUCUGCUCCGGGUUCUUCCGGAACGCGGCCAAGAAGGACCCUCAGGAGGGCUACCGGACCCUCGUGGACAGCCAGGUGGUCUACAUCCAUCCUUCCAGCGCGCUUUUUAACAGACAACCCGAGUGGGUAAUCUACCACGAGCUGGUCCAAACGACGAAGGAGUACAUGCGCGAAGUGACGACCAUCGACCCCAAGUGGCUGGUGGAGUUCGCGCCCGCCUUCUUCAAGUUCUCCGACCCCACCAAGCUGUCCAAGUUCAAGAAGAACCAGCGACUGGAGCCGUUGUACAACAAGUACGAGGAGCCGAACGCGUGGAGGAUAUCGCGUGUGCGGCGUAGGCGGAACUAGGGAGUGUGGUUAUAAUACAUCAAGUUCUCCAAACCUAUCAAGCUUUUCAUGUAUAAG